AUGCGACGGCAAUUGGUCGUCUGGGGAACCGCCACUUUGCCUAAGAAGAAUGUGCUUACCGAUGCUUCAGCAGGGCCCCGGAUUGCGGUGCUGAUCUACGCUGGCGGCUUGUUCCACACGAUGGGACGGCCAAUCCUCUAUGAGGUGGUAGACAAGCCCGCAACCAGCUGCCUCAUUGUCCUGUGCACAGCAGUAUGGUUGUACAUCCAGAAGCAUGGUAUAGGCUAUUCAGAUGUUGGCAUAAGCUACGAGGCGGUGGUGGAGUCUGGCCAGUACUGGAGGGUUGUCACGGCAGCUUUUUCCCACAUAAGUUUCAUCCAUCUGAUGUUCAACAUGAGUGCCCUUUGGAGCCUGGGGAUCAUCGAGAAUCCAGUGCACGCGCAAUUGGGGUGGCGACAGUAUCUGAAAUACACAGUUCUGCUGGUGUUCUUAUCUGGCGCGCUCGUUCUGGGAAUGUACCAUGUCUUGUCCCAUCGCUUCCGGAUGGAGCGGUAUAAGCGGGUAACAGCUGUCGGUUAUAGUUGCGUCGUGUUUGGUCUUAUGACCAUUCUUAGCUGCUUGCAACCGUCAUCAAACCUGAAUCUUUUAGGACUUCUCAACCUCCCAAUCAGCUUCGCCCCGUUCGAGUCACUCAUCUUCACGUCAAUCAUAGUUCCACAGGCCAGCUUUGUAGGACAUUUAGCGGGGAUUAUAGUGGGUUACCUUAUAGGUUGGGGAUUGUUUCAGGGGAUAAGUGAUUUCUGGGCGCUCACAGGAACCAUAUGGUUGGGGAUAGCGUUCGUUGCAAGUUUGAAACGGUCGAGCCCCUUCCAGUUGGAUUGGAUCCAAGUGGAGACGGUGACUGAAAACGCGUCUCCGGUGCGGUUGAUUGGGGGAGUGUUGCAAAGGCCGCCGGCAGGGAACGCCAACGCAGCCGUGGCUCGAGCGGAGGACAUUGUAUGAGGCAUGCCAAUUCGUCCCGAAAUUCUCGAAGAGUACUGACACUGCCGCUCGAAGUCCUGAGCAAGCUGUGCAAACAGCACAAUGGAACGAGUCAGUCUUUUGUCUUUUGUUUGGAACCUGUCAC